AACAAAGGUGGGAAAAAAGAAAAUGAAAUGUAAAAAGGAAGGAGGAUUGAGGAAGUAGGGUUUUUGAGAGGCAGAACAUAAAACCCGAGUUUUGCUUCCUCCCCCAAUUUUUUUGCAGAGAGAGACGACUACACCACCAUUUUCUUCACUAUCAGUCGUCGGAUCUCUCUCUCAGGUAAGCCAUGGUGAGACAUAAUAAUGUUGUGCCUAAUGGCCAUUUCAAGAAGCACUGGCAAAACUAUGUCAAGACUUGGUUCAAUCAGCCCGCUCGUAAAACUAGAAGAAGAGUGGCUCGGCAAAAGAAGGCCGUGAAGGUCUUUCCUCGUCCUACUGCUGGACCUCUUCGUCCGGUUGUUCAUGGCCAGACCUUGAAGUACAACAUGAAGCUCAGAGCCGGCAAAGGAUUUUCCCUUGAGGAGCUUGAGGCAGCAGGUAUUCCUAAAAAACUUGCCCCAACAAUAGGCAUAGCUGUUGAUCACAGGCGCAGGAAUCGCUCCCUUGAAUCUCUUCAAUCUAAUACCCAGAGGUUGAAGACCUACAAAGCCAAGUUGGUUGUAUUCCCAAGAAAGGCACACAAAACCAAGGCUGGUGAUUCUGCUCCCGAGGAGUUGGCAACAGCGACUCAAGUCCGAGGUGAGAUCUUGCCAAUUGUACGUGAGACUCCAGCUGUGGAGCUUCUCAAGGUUACCGAUGAGAUGAAGUCCUUCAAUGCUUAUGCCAAGCUUCGAUUGGAGAGGACCAAUAAGCGCCACAUGGGAGUUCGGUUGAAGAGGGCUGCUGAAGCUGAGAAGGAAGACAAGAAGUAGAGUGCAGUAUUCAAGCUGUUCGGUUGAUAUAUUUUUUUCACUCUGUUCAUUUGUAUUUGCUCCUGCUUUGGUUUUUUUUGCCCAGACAGUUUUGAUUAUCUUGCUUUCAGAGCUACUAUAUUGAAAUUAUUUGGUGAUUUAACUAAGUAUAGGAUCGGAUGUGUUUCUUGUGAUAUUGAGCAAGCUGUAAUAGUGAAUAGAUUUUUGAAAUUUUCCAUCUUUUUUUUUCUUUGUACUUGUGUUUCAACUUUCAUUAAUUAGGUGAUCUUCUGCAAUGAAUUGAAGCUAAUGUGAUCAGCAUAAUGUUUUUAAGUA